AAUAUUUAUUUCUUUUCUAAUCUUAAUACUUUAUUUUCGUAUUAAACUAUCUCAUUAUAUGAAAUGAAAGUUCAUUCGUUUACGUACUUGCACAUGUCAUUUCAGUUAGGUUAUAUGUAUGAUACAAAAAAGUUUUAUCAAAUGAAUACAUUGGUCCAUGUGAUAAUUGCGAUAAAUUCAGAUAAUCAGUUUUAUCGGUUGCAGUCGUUUAUAUGAAUAGUAUCUUUCAUGUUUUUCCAUUAAAAAGUACAGUUUCUACGUGACAGGCAUUACUUACAUAACCCCGAUAAAGACGUUCUUGUCUUAAAAAUUUUAAAUAGUGACUAAUUAAAUCGAAGAGAAAUGUCUCCAAAAAUUGUUGUUGUUGGUUCAUGCAUGAUUGAUUUCACUUGCUUUUCUCCCCGUUUACCAAAACCUGGUGAAACAUUAAUUGGUACUAAAUAUGAGAUAAAGUAUGGUGGUAAAGGUGCUAAUCAAUGUAUAGCAGCUGCUAAGCUUGGUGCCGCAACAGCAAUUGUUGCUUCUUUAGGUUCUGAUACUUAUGCCCAAGAGUACUUAAAAAUAUUUAAAGAAGAAAAUAUAGAUGUUUCUCACGUUCAAAUACAACCAAACCAACACAGUGGAAUAGCACAUAUUACAGUUACCGAGAAUGGCGAAAACAGUAUAGUAAUCGUAUUAGGAUCGAACGCGUUGAUGAGUUCCAACUUUGUGGACUCCGCGACCAACAUGAUCAAGAAUGCUUCUAUUUUAUUAUGCCAAUUUGAGGUACCUCAGGAAAUUACUCUACACGCUUUAAAGAUUCACAAAGGCCAUGGUUUGUCCAUUGUGAAUGGGGCACCCGCUGCGGAAAAUGUCCAUCCAGAUUUAUGGAAACUCUGUGACAUAUUUUGCGUCAACGAGAUAGAGGCGGAAUUUAUGAGUGGAGUGCAGCUUCAGGGACCAUCAAGUAUACAGCAGGCUGUUGAAAAAUUCUUGGAUAAGGGUUGCAACAUAGUGAUUAUUACUCUUGGAGAACAGGGAGCGGUGUAUGCGUCUCAAAGCGAUAGAGUAAUUAAAAAAGUUUGUACUAGUCACGUUCAGCCUGUAGAUACAACGGGAGCUGGAGAUGCAUUUCUAGGCGCUCUUGCAUAUUUUAAAGCUUAUCACCCAGCGCUUUCGAUGGACGAAUGCAUCCGAAGAGCUUGCGUCGUUGCCACGGAUUCCGUGUUGAAAUUCGGUACACACGCGAGUUUUCCGAACAGGAGCAGCCUGUCGCCGGAUCUGUUCGCUUGAAUUAAUAAAAAUGUUGUACAUUCUAUACAAACGACACAUCCUCCCGACAUCUGUUCCUUCUUUUAUUGUUAUUUUAUGUCGUUGUUCUUCUUGCUUCUUAUCUAACUUUGUCAUGUUUUGAUAAUAAUAAAGUAUUGUUAAAAAAGUAAAAUAAAAAUGAGCGAUGAUUGUUUAU